AUGACAACGGCGACCACCGGCGGCGCCCUGGUGGGGCUGCUGCUCUUCCUCGCCAUCGCCAUCGCCACCGUCACCGCCGCGAGCGGCGAGAGCUCGAUGGCCUGCCCCCGGUGGAGCCCGUGCUUCCGGAAGGAGCUCCGGUGCCCUGCGGAGUGCCCCCACCGCCGCCCCGCCAACCCCCGGGCCAAGCUCUGCUUCCUCGACUGCUACUCCCCCAAAUGCGAGGCCUCCUGCAGGGGUAAGUAAACUGCAAAAAAGAAAAAACGAUCUUGAUCGAUCUUUUUUCCAAGAACAUGGGAGAAAAAAAUUGCCCAAAAAAGGAAAGCUGCCUAUAUAAUAAUCUAAGAAAAAAGGGCGUCAUCUUCUUCCUCGGUCUUGAUCUCACGUCCUGUUUAUUGCAGGCGGCGGGCCCGACUGCAACAACAAAGGCUCGGGUUGCUACGACCCGCGAUUCAUCGGCGGCGACGGCGUGGUGUUCUACUUCCACGGCAAGAAGGACGGCCACUACGCGCUGCUCUCUGACCGUAGCUUCCAGGUCAACGCCCGCUUCAUCGGGCUCCGCCCGGCGGGGAGGACUCGUGACGCCACGUGGAUCCAGGCCCUCGGGUUCCUCUUCAGGUCGCACAGCUUCGUCGUCGAGGCCACCGGAGUGGCGGUGUGGGACAGCGGCGCCGCCGACCAUAUCCGGCUGAGCUACGACGGCGCGGCGGUGGAGCUUCCCGAGGGGCACGGGGCCUCGUGGACCUCCCCCGGCGGCGCGCUGACCGUGGAGAGGACGGGGAGGGUCAACGGGGUGGUGGUGAAUCUGGAGGGUGCAGCGGAGGCGGCGGUGGGGGUGGUGCCGGUGACGGCGGAGGACGAUCGGAUCCACCGCUACGGCAUCCCCGCCGGCGAUUGCUUUGCCCAUCUGGAGGUGCAGUUCAGGUGGCUCCGCCCGUCGCCGGAGAUGGAGGGGGUGCUGGGGAGGACCUACAGGGAGGGGUUUGUGAAUCCGGCGAAGAGAGGGGUGGAGAUGGCGGUACUCGGCGGCGAGGAGGAGUACGGCGUCGCCGAGCUCCUCUCCCCUCGCUGCAAGCUAUGCGUCUUCUCACCGGAGAAGACGGCGGCGGCGGCGGAAGCCGAGUGA